UGCGGAGAAGACAGGAGGCAGACAGUAGUCUAGGAGAACAGCUCCCAUCCAGGUUUGGACUUGCUAAACCCUUGCAUUUUAAAGUGAAGGCUACAGCUACAGACGCUUAAGCUAGGAGUGUCCUGGGCAAAAGCCCGUCUCUGAGAUGAGCGUCGCCGUCCCACCGCAGGGGUGGGGACACGGAAUCCCAGCCUCUCCUCACCACUAGGGAGCCACCGAGAGACCGACGACAGACCGCCGCGGCUUCCCCUGGCCAGCCCACAUCCUCCCUGGGCUUGUCCCUGGGAGUCCGAAGCCUGGGUUCGCCCUGGGUCCUUCUUGCCCCAGGCGCACUCCGCCCUCUGCGCUUCUCCUGCGCGCGCGAGACCGCGCGGGCCCUGCCCAGCCAUGCUCUGCCGCGCUUUCCUUCUGCUCUGGCUGAUGCUGGUGCCCUGGGGCAGCGCCAGGGGCUCCGGAGCUGGUGCAAGAGAGUGCAACGUGACACGACAAGCUGCCUGUGGGGACAGCUGCAUCCCAGUAGCCUGGCUCUGCAAUGGCGAGCAAGAGUGCGCUGACGGGACCGACGAGCAGUGUGAGGAACCAUGUGGGGGACACCUGCAAGCCUGGCAGUGUGAUGACGGAACAUGUGUUGCCAUCAGCUGGCUUUGUGAUGGUACCGGUGACUGCUUGGAUGGCUCGGAUGAGGUUAAUUGUGAGAGAAUGACAGCAUGUCCAGACCAAAAAGUCCAGUGUCCAGGGACAUCUCAGUGCAUGGAUGCUUGGGAGCCAUGUGAUGUCUAUGAGGACUGUGAAGAUGGGUCCAACAAAGCACAUUGUUCCCAGAGCCACUGCCUAGCUGGGCAGUGGCAGUGCCAGAACAAGCUGUGUGUCAUGGACAGCUGGAAGUGUGAUGGUAUCGACCACUGUGGCGACUCCUCGGAUGAGGAAGCCUGCGCUUUCUGCCCAGAAGGCACAGUGAGAUGUGAUGAAAGGAAGUGCGUCCGCGAGGCUUCCAUGUGUGAUGGGGAGGCAGACUGUGCAGAUGGUAGUGAUGAACCCGCCACGUGUGGCAAAAACUGCUCUGUGGUGAACGCGGGCUGUGAGGGACUGUGCAGUGACACAGCCUGGGGUGCCCGGUGCUCCUGCGGGUCAGGGUGGCAGCUGCAGCCUGAUGGGAGGAGCUGUGCAGAUGUAGAUGAGUGUUCCAUGGCAUAUGGUCCUUGUGACCAGCUAUGUCACAAUACGCCUGGCUCUUACUCCUGUGACUGUGUUCAAGGCUACAAGCUUUACAAUGGCAGCAAAUGUCGCGUGACAGAUGGUGAUGUUAAGAUUCUGAUAGCAGCAGAUCAAGCACUUGGUGUCCUGGAUCAAAGAACAGGCAUCUACGAGAGUGUGAUACCUGUAAAAACAAGACCUGGUUCUGUGGCAUAUGACUUGGAAAGAAGCAUGUACUUCUGGGUGGAUAAGACCCUAAACGUGUUUGUCUCUGGGAAGCCAAACUCUGUUCUCCUCUACCCAGAACUUACGACAGUGAACAGUAUCUCUUUGGACUGGAUCACCGGACAGCUGUAUUGGGCUAGCAGCUUUGCAAGGGCCAUCUGUGCUGGCUUAAGUGAUGGUAGAGGCUACGUCAAAAUUUUGGAGAAAGAUGUCAUGCCGGAGCAGCUUGUAGUGUUUCCUGUGAAGAAGUACCUGUACUGGGUCAAUGGAGGUGACAGAGGCAGAAGGACAAUUGAAACUGCAGGGAUGGAUGGCUCUGACAGGAAGGUGCUUGAGGUGGUAACCACCCAGCAGCCUUUAGGACUGACACUGGACCACAUGACUGGCAGGCUCUUCUGGAUCAGUGGAUACAAGCAGUCCAUAGAGACAGUGAAGGUGGAUGGCAGCGGGCGGUAUAGCUUCCCGAGGAACUUACAAGAUGAGGAGCCCACAGGACUGGCUGUGUUUGAGAACUCGUUCUUCUGGGCAAGUAAAACGCAGCUGUUUCACACCUCACGGGACAGCCCAGGGGAGAGAAGAGUGCUGCUGGACGCGUCCAUAUCUGCGUUCUCAGUCCUCCACAGGUCCAUGCAGCCUCAGAGUAGACACCCAGCUUGUGUUCCAGGUGUUUGCAGCCACUUGUGCCUCCUGUCUCCUGUUCAUCCCAAGGGCUAUAAGUGUGUCUGCCCAGAGGGAAUGUUUCUUUUACCUUCUGGUAUAUGCAGUGAGUUAAAACUUGUGAUUUCUUCUGGAAAACGUCUGUACUUGCUCAAAGUAGGAUCUAUGGGAAGUGCUAUAGAGAGAACUCUAAUUCAAGAGCACCCUGGAAACAUCUAUUUGUUGGAUAUUGACUGGAAAAGGAACUUCAUCUAUUGGACGAAUGCACAGGGACACCUGGUCUACUCCACCGGGUAUUCAGGACAAAAGCAAGAGAUUCGGACACAGCAUACAGUCUGCUCAGCAAACGUGGACAUACCGACAGGGAAUGUGUACUGGCUACCCUGUGACCGCAGUGCCAUUCAGAAGACCACAAUUCCUGACAGAGACACUGAAUCGCUGUAUCGCACAGGAGGCAUUAUACUGCAGCUGCUUCUCGACUGGCCGCGGAGGACACUGUACUGGGUGGAGAGUAGCAGCCACCUACAAAGUAUGACCCUCGAUGGCCAAAACAGACAAGCAAUCUGGAGCGGUUCCUGGACGGCAGACAUCCAGAUGGCCUUAGACCUCAGCUCAGCUAGCAUCCUUUGGACCAGCAAAGGGCUGGGGUUGCAAAGUCUCAGUCUCCUAAAAAACAGAACUUACUCUUUGAACAAAUCCUGGAGUGAUGGGCUCAUAGCAGCCCACACACCCUACCUGGUGACCGUGGACAAGACAGCUCUCAUGCUUUGGAACAGGAAGACUCUGGAACCCUUCUCAGUGCUGAAGGAGCCACACAUAAGGAAAGUGAUCAUCUUGGCGGAGAACCAGAAAGUGCCAGAUCCCAAGGCUGAAACAGCGGCCCCCGCUGCCCUUCCUGCUCCACCUCUGCUCUGCACUGGAUCCUCUGUGCCCUGUCGUGAAGGGAAGAAGUGCGUCUCCCCAGAGUCCCUUUGCGAUGGGGAGCAGGACUGUCUGGAUGGCUCGGAUGAGGAGAACUGCUUCCAGACCUGCCACAGACCAGGGGUCUUCCAGUGUCUGGAUGGGAGCAGGUGCAUAGAGGGGAAAUACCGCUGUGAUGGAGCCCACCAGUGCCCCGAUGGGUCUGACGAGGUGGCCUGCUGGAAACCCCCUGAGGAUUGUUCUCUGCGUUGUGAUGAAAACACUCGCUGUAUCCCCAAGAGCUGGCUGUGUGAUGGGAACCCGGACUGCUCUGACAAAAAAGAUGAACAAGGAUGUCUCCAUGAGAACUGCAGUACAUCUGAAUUCAGGUGUAAGAGCGGCCAAUGUGUGUCCUACUCUUUGCACUGUGAUGGGAACCCAGACUGCCUGGACCGCUCGGAUGAAGAAGGCUGUCCUUCUGCUUGGCCUCUGCGGUGCCCGGUGGGGGAAGUGAAGUGCAGGACCAGUGGAGAAUGUGUAUUAGCAGAGUGGAUAUGUGACCAUGACCUAGACUGCAAAGAUGGAAGUGAUGAGAAGGACUGUGAUCCUGAGGCGCUCCGGUGUAGCCCACAGCAGUGGGCCUGUGCCAGCCGAGACCAGUGUGUGCCCGACUUCUGGCACUGUGAUGGGGAGAGGGACUGCAGGGAUGGCAGUGACGAGGCUGCAUGCCCCCCUCAGAAGUGCCGGGCAUCUGAGUUCCAGUGUGGCACCUCUAUCUGCCUCAACUUCAGCUUGGUGUGUGAUGGGAAGCAGGACUGUGCUGACAGCUCGGAUGAAGGUGGCAGGUGCCAACUAUCAGCAUGCAGCCCCGGACAGUGUCCCCAGACCUGCCACUCAUCUCCGGUUGGGCCUGUCUGCACUUGUGAGCCAGGCUUCCAGAACCAUGCAGGGAGCUGUGAGGAUGUGGAUGAGUGCCAAGGGUCUGGUGGUCAGCCUUGCAGUCACACCUGCGUCAAUACCGAGGGCUCCUACAUCUGCACCUGCCAUCCUGGCUACUCCCUGGAGCCUGACGGCCAUGCCUGUAAGGCAACAGGUACUGAACCGAUCCUGCUUGUUGCAAUACAAUCUAACUUAUUUCUCUAUGGACUACGGAGUUUGAAAGAAGAUAUUCUGACAACUAUCGAUAAGAACCUGAUUAUUUUCUCUGUUGACUAUGACUUAGUGGAUCAGAAAGUCUUUUGGGCAGAUUUCAAUGCAGAAAGUAUACAGUGGAUAAGUAUGGACACAACAAGGAAAGGCACUGUGGUGAAAGGGAUAAAGUCACACUGUAUAGCAGUUGACUGGAUUGGGAGGAAUCUGUACUGGACUGAUGGGACAGCUGGUCAGAUUUUGGCAAUUCCACUGACUGCCGUUUGGAGAGGAAAAUCUGAGUACACGAUUGUCUUGGAUGAUGACUUGACUCAACCCCAGUCUUUGGCUUUGGAUCCUCUAAAUGGGUUAAUGUACUGGUCUGAAGUUGGAGAAGAACCUCAAAUAGAGAAAGCUGGAAUGGAUGGAAGCAGCCGGAAAAUACUCAUCGAUCAAGGUCUUGGACGGCCAACAAGCAUAGCUCUUGACCAGUUAAGUUGGAAGAUAUUCUGGUCCGAUGACAAAUUUCACAGCAUUGGUUCUGCCAACUUAGAUGGCACUGGCAUUCGUAUGUUGCAGCUAACACAAAUCAAGAACCCGUUUUCAGUCACUGUUUUUGAAGAUGAAGUCUUCUGGUCUGAGAUGAAAACGAGAACAAUACAGCGUGUGCAGAAGAUGACAGGCAAGAGCCGGGCUGUCCUCAUCAAGCGCUCUGGGCAGCCCUAUGGACUCAAGGUAAUGCACGAAGUGCUACAGCCCAGGUCUUUGAACCCUUGCCUGGACACUGGAUGUUCCCACUUGUGCCUUCUGAGCCCACGAUCCGAGGGAAGCUGCUUUUGCCCAGUCGGUUCCUUGCUUACAGAUGAUGGCCUCAACUGUGUCCCCCUCCAAGAGUCUGCAUUUGUCUUCCUUGUGUUGCCCAGAGUUAUCACACAGAUCUAUUUGAAAAAUCUCAAAACUUUACCAAGACAAGCAAAUUUGCCAGAACAUAGAAUGCUUCCUUUUAUCAAUGUGAACCAGCUUACGUCAAUGGAUUAUCUUGUGCAAGAGAAGGCCCUGUAUCUUUCUGAGUUGAAUAACGGUGAUAUCAGGCUACUGAGGCUUAAAGAAUCGGGGACACUUUCUUGGAGGAAGCUCUUUUCUGUGGAGGGGUCUGUGAUCGACCUUGCUGUGGACUGGCUGAGUGGAAACAUAUAUUGGAUCGACAGUGAGAAUCCCCACAUUAACGUAGCUUCCUCAAAUGGCCAGUACCCCAUUGUCUUGCUCCGUGAAAAUCUUUCCCAUCCAGCUUCUGUUGUUCUGCACCCACCUGCUGCAGCCAUGUGCUUGGUGGACUUGGGUCCCUGGAGUGACGGGAGUCGUGAGUCCAGCAUUGAAUGUGCCGCCAUGGACGGCAGUGGGAGAAAGGUACUAUGGCAGAAAUCCCAAGUGCCUGUGGGCCUGGCCUUUUCAGAUUCAGGGACUCGACUGUACUGGGCUGAUUCUGCGCGAGGACUCAUAGAAAGCAUUCAGCAGGAUGGCUCCAGACACAGAGUAGAACGCAGAGGAAUUGAGGGCCUAAGCCUCUUCACAUGUGGCCAAGGCAUGCUGUUCUGGACCACAGUUGAUGAUGCCGAAAUCACUAAAGUUUGGUAUAGCAAAAAGGAAGUUCCAGAAAACUGGUGGUUCCAAAUUGACCAGAAGAUUGUGGAUUUAAAAGUGUAUAGUACCUUUAAUCAACAAGGUAAUAAUAGCUGCUCAAAAGAUAAUGGAGGAUGUAGCCACAUCUGUUUACCAAAUCCCGAGGGUCAGACUUGCAAGUGUCCCAGUGGGUACUACUUGGCUGAUGCAAACAAAUGUACUGAGGCUGUCCAGUGCUCUGUGUCUUCACAGUCUUGUAAGGAUGGUCAGAAAUGCAUUUCCAUGGAGCAAGUUUGCGAUGGUCAUAGUGACUGUCUUGAUGGAUCUGAUGAAAUGGACUGUAAAACCUACUCAAUAAAGGCACCUGAAAAGCCAGAAGCAGGAAAGAGUUUGGUUCUGACAGCUACCCAAGCUCUCCAGAGCAUCAGGGCCACCACGCUUGGACACCUUGUUCGACAAGAGACGAGACACCCUGUCAGAAAAACACAAACCACCGAGAUGCCUGCUGGUCAGAGCAAAAUUCCAGAAAUCAAGCAAAGCGGAGGAUCUUUUCACCCCAAGGACUCACAGACCACAAAACAAAGGCCAUGCAAUAGCGCAUUCUGCAAUGGGAGAGGAAUCUGUACAGUGGAAGGAAGGCUGAGGAAAUGCAGCUGUCUGACAGAUCAUGGCACAGAGUUCUGUGAAGAAGCACAGAGCUUCGUCCCUGCUUACAUAGCCCUCUGCAUAACCAUGGCUUUAUCAGUGCUUCUGGUAGCGCUGGGAACACUCACUUAUUUCAGAAGAGUACAUGAAUUAAAAAAGAGAUCAUCUAGAAAUAUGGCUUGUGAUAAAGAACGUAACCAAGAAGAGGAAAAUCUAAUGAACAGUGAAAUAUUUGUCAACGAAGCCUACGAUGAGCAGGAAUUGCUAACAUCUUCACGAACAGACUGACCUUAUAAAAAAGAAGUUGAAAUAGUCCAAUAAAAUUGUUUAUAUAUUUA